AUGAAAUCCCAAGGAUCCACUCAGCCGCAGCAGAUUGCCCCUAGCCUGGCCCGUUUUCUGGUGGACAGAUACCCUGCUGUCAAAGCGCGCUAUCCCGAUGAAGGCAGGCGAAAGUGGCGGUUGCGAGUAGCGGACGCGUUCUGGGCUCUUCCCUUUGAACAAAAGGCUGCCUAUGCGAUAGUAUGUCAGGAUCUUCCGAGAUUAGCCAUCAUCGCCAACGAAGAUGCAGAGUUUGUCACGGAUGACGAUCCGCUCCACGCACUAACUGCUGACGUCCCCGGUCUCGGCAUUCUCCUGCGCACGGACUACUCAAACGAAGACGCGUGGCAGACAUUUGGCGAGAAGCUCCAAGAAGGCGAGGCGGAAUUCUCAGUCAUGCGGACACCCGAAGACGCGACAAUGACGGAUGCACAGGGCUCCAUUUCCACAAAGAAGGACGUUGAUGAAGCAAUGGACCAAGACGAAGGCGAUGAUGACAAGGACGAAGACGAAGGAGAAAGUUCAGCGUCACUCAGAAUAUUCACCGUUAUCAAUGCUGCUCUGUCGGACCGAGCACGCUUCGCAAACCUCUCUAACCUUGGUGCCUUGCGGCUUUUGAACGACGUCGAUAUUCGUCCAGCGCCUACACCUCCACCGGGCACGAAACGCAUCAAGCCUCCCAAUAGGCUAGUGGACCACGACGGAUGGCAAGAGGUGUACACCGGGAAAACUGUAUGGAUAUACGACGCUCGAUCGAACACGGACCAAUGUGUACGUCUCGUGAGCCAGCAAAGCGACUUUUACGGGACUGCGACCGCGGACAGCUGGCGCGCACGCGUAAGCCACAUCUGCGAGCUGCAAGUGAACCUCGCUGCGGGCGCCCUAACCAUCGACUUUGGUGGGCUCGACCGCUGGGACUACAACGAACGCUCACGGAACCUUGCGGAGGCGAUGCUAUCUCUAACAUAG